CUCAAACAACCCCCCUUCCCCCCUUCCAUCCCCCCAAAAAACCCUUGGCCUGUUGGGAUCAACCUCCCUUGUUCCCUACCUUCCCUCGUCUUCCUAUCUUCCACCCAUCCUCCCUGAACUCCAACCGUCCUCUGCUGCAAUAAGAUCUCUCCAUCCCAUCCGCCAAGCUGUCGGACAUGUCAGGACCCGUGCCGAGCCGGGCCCGUGUGUACACUGAGGUCAACACCCACCGGCCCAGGGAGUACUGGGACUACGAGUCCCAUGUAGUUGAAUGGGGAAACCAGGAUGACUUUCAGUUAGUGCGGAAGCUUGGGCGUGGCAAGUACAGUGAAGUUUUUGAGGCAAUCAACAUCACCAAUAAUGAGAAAGUUGUGGUGAAGAUACUGAAGCCUGUGAAGAAAAAGAAAAUCAAGCGUGAGAUUAAGAUUUUGGAGAAUUUACGCGGAGGUCCUAACAUCAUCUCCCUCAUAGAUAUUGUGAAAGACCCUGUAUCCCGCACACCCGCUUUGGUCUUUGAACAUGUCAACAACACAGACUUCAAGCAACUGUACCAGACCCUGACAGACUAUGACAUCCGGUUCUACAUGUACGAGAUCCUCAAAGCCCUGGACUACUGCCACAGCAUGGGAAUUAUGCAUAGAGAUGUGAAGCCACAUAACGUGAUGAUUGAUCAUGAACACCGCAAGUUACGCCUUAUUGACUGGGGCCUGGCAGAGUUUUACCAUCCGGGACAGGAGUAUAAUGUCAGAGUCGCCUCUCGCUACUUUAAAGGACCUGAGCUCUUAGUGGACUAUCAGGUAUGCCUGUGUGCUAGUAUGCUUCAGGUGGAUUUUAAUUAUGUCAUUGGUAGAGAAAAUAAUGACUUUUUGGUGAGAAUAGCCAAGGUUCUGGGAACUGAAGACCUGUACGACUACAUUGACAAGUACAACAUUGAGCUGGAACCUCGCUUCAAUGACAUUCUGGGAAGGCAUUCACGUAAGCGGUGGGAGAGGUUCGUCCACAGUGAGAACCAGCACUUGGUCAGCCCCGAGGCUCUGGAUUUCUUGGACAAGCUGCUGCGCUAUGACCACCAAGCCCGGCUGACCGCCCAUGAGGCCAUGGAUCACCCUUACUUCUUCCCCAUUGUGAAAGAUCAGUCUCGUGUGGCCGGAUCAGCCAACUUGCCCAGUGGGAAUACAGCUGUUAGCACAGCCAGCAUGAUCACUGGUAUCUCUGCCUUGCCAGCCUCCACUGCCCUAGGCCCUCUCAUUGGCACGCCGGUCCUGUCUGCUGCCACCAAUGCCCUAAGCACCCCGGUGCCCGCUGCUGCUGGUGCCCCACAGUGACACCCCAUCUAAAUCCUCAUCUCUCCCAUCUCCACCACCACCACCACCACCACCACCACCACCCAGCUCGGGUGAAGAACUAGACAGGUGCCAUUCUGCCAGCCCUCACCACAUCCUGUCUAACUCAGUGUGCCCCUGGCUGGAGGACACUGUCGUCAAAGAAAAAAAAAAGUUUCUGCAUUCCUUUCCUUCCUUGAAUGAACGUGUUUACCUGACAUCUGAAAUGAAUGUUCUGUGUAACUGAAAUAUACAGGUAAUCCCUCCAUUUUCUCACAAGCUGUAGUGAUUACAUGGGUGUGUGUUUGUGUGGUGAGUCUGAGAGCGAGUGUUGUCCAUGGCGGAUUUGGGUCUCAGGACCCGCCCAGCCCCACCCUGUGUUUUAGUUUGGACAGUGAAGGCACUGGUCAAUAAGUACAUCAACAGAAGGCAAAAGA